AUGAAAUUGAUAACAUUUGUAUCUCUAUUAUUACUAUUUAUUACUCUAAGUAGUAAUUACUUUUGCUUUUCAAAUGCACUUCAAUUUGAAAUAGACAAACAAGUAAAUACAGAAAAUUAUACCAUUUCAAAUAUAACAUUUGAUGGAGUAAGUCAAACUCUUGCCUUGUCAGGAUACUUUGGAGAGAAUCCAAAUAAUGUAACAGUGUGGAUUGGAGGGUCAUCAUGUUACCUCUUUUCAUUUAGAUCCUAUCAAAUCGUUUGUUUUGCAUCAACUACCGUACCAGCUGGUUACAACACUGUAUACGUUGAUAUCGACCACUACAUCUUGUCACAGACAUUUGUAAACACUCAAAAUGUCAGCAGUGUAUACAUCCAACCUGGAAGUAGAACCAUUUACAUUUACGCAAUUUCAUAUAAUACAACUAUAGUUACAAAUAUUGUUGUUAAUGAGACAGGAUCACUUAUUGAUUUCUAUGGUCAAUUUGUAACUAAUUCAUCGGCUCCCUAUAUCUUAUUGAAUGGAACCUAUUAUUGUGGUAUUACCAAGUUCACUAAUAAUAAUACCCAGUGCUACGUCUCCAAUUAUGUUGCUGGAUACACCAAUGUAACAUUCGAGUUGAACUACUAUAUCAACAACUUUUACGUCUAUUUCCCAGCACAACAACCAAACACUUCGUACGGUUUCACAUUCUAUCCCAACUCUACGUCAUUGACUAUGACUGCCUACGGAUACUUUGGCGAAGACUAUUCACUUGUCAACAUUUCAGUGUUGAUCUCUUACAACAACUCUGUUAAAUGUACCCUUUACAACUUUAGUCCAAAUGAAUUAAGUUGUUAUCUAGGUAGCUCCUAUCCAUCCAAUGGUGGUUACUACUAUGUAGAUGCCAGUAUCGGUUACUUGUUCUCUGACCGUUACGUCGUCUAUUUUGAACCAGUCUCCAACUCGACCAACUCUUCAUCUGAAACCUCAUCGUCAUCUGAUGGACCCGAAGUCACUUGUACACUCAGUAAACAAGGUAGACUCACCGUCGAAUAUGCCGGCAACUCUUCAAUCAACUGUACCUUCCAAGGUAUCAAUGAAUGUUAUUCCCCAGGUGGAUACCAAUGCCAAGGUCUCUCUUACUAUUCAUACACUGCUUGCCUAACUCAACAUGAAAUCACAUGUCUUGCCGGUAGUGUCACUUGUCGUGUUGGUGGUUUAACUUGUUCCAAUGAAGGUGGUCAAUUGACAAUCUUGGAAGAUGAAAGUAUUAAUACUGCUACCUUCAAAAAUAAUAAUAAUAUGCCAUCUCCAAACGAUGACUCAAAUACUGGUUCUUCAUUGACCAUGAUUUCAACAUUGUCAUUCUUCUUCAUGGCAAUUGUUAUUCUAUUUUAA